UAUUGUGGAUUGAUAGCGACCAGGGUAGUCGGCACAGCAUAUACUGACAUACUUUUGCUCGCCUUCCCACUGUGUUAGCAAUGGCGAUCCCAAUCCCUCACCGGCAGCUUUUCAUCGACGGAGAGUGGAAGGAGCCAAACAAAAAGAGAAUUCCCGUCAUUAAUCCCGCCAACGAAACCGUGAUCGGGGAUAUACCUGCGGCGACUGCCGAGGAUGUCGAGCUUGCAGUUGAGGCCGCUCGCCGGGCUUUCUACAGAAACGGUGGUCGGGAAUGGGCGCGAGCAUCCGGAGCUACUCGCGCGAAAUAUCUCCGUUCCAUCGCCUCCAAGAUUAGAGAGAGGACUUCUGAAUUGGCUAAACUUGAGGCCAUAGAUAGUGGCAAGCCAUUGGAUGAAACAGCGUGGGAUUUGGAUGAUGUUGCUUCCUGUUUUGAGUACUAUGCAGAUCUUGCAGAAUCCUUAGAUGAAAAGCAAAGAGCCCCUGUUUCUGUUCCGCUGAAAACAUUUAAGUCAUAUGUUAUCAAAGAACCCAUAGGAGUUGUUGGAUUGAUUACACCCUGGAACUAUCCACUGUUAAUGGCAACAUGGAAGGUCGCUCCUGCCUUGGCAGCUGGGUGUACUGCUGUGCUAAAGCCAUCCGAAUUGGCUUCUGUGACAUGUUUGGAGCUUGGUGAAGUGUGCAAAGAAGUUAAACUUCCUCCUGGUGUCCUAAACAUUAUAACUGGAUUAGGAUCUGAGGCUGGUGCACCCUUGGCAUCCAAUCCUCUUGUAGACAAAAUUGCAUUUACUGGAAGUACAGAAACAGGUAGAAAGAUUAUGACUGCUGCUGCACAGUUGACAAAGCCGAUUUCUUUGGAACUUGGCGGUAAAAGUCCACUACUUGUGUUUGACGAUGUGGAAAUUGAGAAAGCUGUUGAAUGGACAAUUUUUGGUUGCUUUUGGACAAACGGUCAAAUAUGUAGUGCUACCUCUCGUCUUCUUUUGCAGGAAAGCUUUGCAAAAGAGUUUCUAGAGAGACUUGUUGCUUGGGUAAAAAACAUUAAAGUCUCAGAUCCACUAGAAGAAGGUUGCAGACUUGGCCCUGUUGUUAGUGAAGGGCAGUAUGAGAAGAUGAAGAAAUUCAUUUCAACGGCUAGAAGUGAAGGUGCAACUAUACUAUCUGGUGGUAGCCGUCCAAAGCACCUAGAGAAAGGAUAUUUCAUUGAACCAACAAUUAUAAGUGAUGUAAGUACCUCCAUGCAAAUUUGGAGGGAGGAGGUUUUUGGGCCAGUCCUGUGUGUAAAAACAUUUAGAACAGAAGAAGAGGCCAUAGAACUUGCAAAUGAUAGCCAAUAUGGUUUAGCUGGUGCUGUGAUAUCGAAGGAUCUCGAGCGGUGUAAUCGCAUUAGUGAGGGAAUUCAAGCUGGGAUCAUAUGGAUAAACUGUUCGCAGCCGUGCUUCUGCCAAGCUCCAUGGGGCGGAACGAAACGCAGCGGCUUCGGUCGUGAACUUGGUGAAUGGGGAUUUGAAAAUUACCUGAGCGUGAAGCAGGUGACUGAGUAUGUUUCAGAUGAUCAAUGGGGAUGGUAUUCCUCUCCCUCAAAGCUGUGAUCUUUUGCUUUGCCAUUGCU